AUGCUUGUCAGACGUUCUUAUGAAUAUAGAAAAAAUUAUGUUGAAAAACGUUUUCGACAUAGUCUCUCAUCUGAACAGGUCGAGAACUUUGAAAAGAAUCGUUGCAAACAAUCAACCAAUUCUUAUUAUACAAUCGAUAAAGUUAUAGAAACAAAACAAUAUAUUCAUUCAAAAUCAAAUUUAUCGAUUCAAUUUCAAUUAUUCCAACCAAAUGUAUAUAAUUACAAGCAACUAUUACAAACUGUAUUUUCAACGAUACAUGAAAGUGCACUUGCUAAGUCGGCAAUGAUUGACUUUUGUCUACAACUCUAUGCCAAUAAUAAUACAUUAACAGAUAUUCGAAAUUUCAUAGAAAAUUAUCGACCCGAAGAUGCUAUUCUUUGGUACACAAAAGAAUCUUUUGUUUAUCGAUGGAUAAAUCAUACGUUACGCUGUGGAGAUAUUGAUAAAUGUUAUUCACUACGUCUUUUUAUUUCCAAUCUAAGUACACAAAUUCGUGCAUUAAAAUAUGAACAACCAAAAAUGAUGAAAAAAACUGUUUUAUAUCGUGGUUUUCGACAAUCUGAUGAAGAAUUAAAUAUUUUACAAAAUCUCGUUGGUCAUGUUAUUGCUAUUAAAUCUUUUAUGUCAACAAGUCGAGAAAAGAGUAUUGCAUUAGCAUUUGCAUCACCAUCUGAAGGACAAAAUGAAAAUUCACGAUCAAUAUUAUUGGAGAUCAAUGUAGACUUGAAUUUAUCUGAAGUUAUUGCUGCUGAUAUUAUGCAUAUGAGUAAUUUUAGUGGAGAAUCUGAAGUUCUAUUUAAUAUUGGUAGUAAAUUUCGAAUUGAUAAGUUAACAUUAGAUACAUCUAACGAUAUCUGGUUAUGUAAAUUUACAGCUACAACUGAAAAUCUUACAUGUAUGGAACAAUUUCAAACAAUACCAUACAAAAUGUCUUCAAAUUCAUGUACAAACAAUUUAGAUGAUCGACAAAAAUUAUCAUGGUUAGCUUAUAAACCGAUCGACUGGGCAUAUAUUCAACAUAUUGAUUGUUUUGUUCAAUGGCAACAAACUGAUAUUACGAAAAUUUUGAAUAAUUCUGAACGAGUCUUACAAAUAUAUCGUCAAAUCGAUGUUAAAAAUUCAUUCGAUAAAUUACAAGUUGCUUCUUGUAUGAAUAAUUAUGCGUUUAUUAAUUUAGUUUGUGGUACGCAAGUAGAAGUUGUUAAAUUAUUGGAAGAUUCAUUGAAUAUAAGAGAACAAUAUUUACCAGCUGAUGAUAUACUUCUUGCUCAAAGUUAUCGUAACUUAGGACUUGCAUAUUCACGUUUAUGUAAUUAUGAUAUGGCAUUUAAACUUCAUGAACAAGCUCUUAGUAUCAAUCAUCAUGCAUCAUUUUCAGCACAGUGGAGUACAGUAACAACAUUACGUAAUAUAGGAGAUCUUUGUGAUCGUAUACGCAAUUAUAAUGAUGCUAUAAAAUAUUAUUCGGAAGCAAUUGAUACACAUUAUCAAUGUUUGACCUUUUUAAUUCAUUAG